AUGGGGGCAAACCCUUUUCACCACUCGAUCCUUGGAGUACGACUACCAAAGCACUUUGACAAACCGACAGAUAUGAGGUACGACGGUACCCAAGAUCCCCAGGAACAUCUAACGUCCUUCGAGGCCAUGAUGAACUUGGAAGGGGUAGGUAACAAAGUGAGAUGCCGAGCUUUCCCGGUAACCUUAGCUGGGCCGGUGAUUCGUUGGUUUAACGCCCUCCCCCAGGGAUCCAUAACCACGUUUGCCGAUAUCAGUCGUUCUUUCUUGGCCCAGUUCACCACGCGCAUCGCCAAAGCAAAACACCCGAUUAGCCUGCUAGGGGUGACGCAGCGAAACGGCGAGCCGACCAGAAAAUACUUGGACAGAUUCAACGAUGAGUGCCUCGAGAUAAACGACUUAACUGAUUCGGUGGCCAGCUUAUGCUUGACCAAUGGUUUGCUAAAUGAGGAUUUCCGAAAACACCUCACCACCAAGCCCAUCUGGACAAUGCAGGAAAUUCAGAACGUAGCCAGGGAAUACAUUAAUGAUGAAGAGGGAUAUGGCCACAAGACCCAAGACUACUUCGACCUGAAGGACGCCCUGGAGCAAGCCAUCCGGGAAGGAAAGCUGGCCGAGUUCGCCCACCUAAUAAGGGAACCUAGGAGGAGGGACCGGUCAACCGAGGACAAAAGCCGCGCCGUAAAGCAGAGACAGGAACCCGAGGAGGACGCGGAGCGUGCCCUCACUGUGGUGAAUGUGGUGGUUGGAAGGGAUGUCCCUCCCAGGUCGAAGUCGGCUAGUAAAAAGGACACCAAGGUUCUAGCUAUGUCCUCUGGCCCUGCACCGACCUCUCGCAGGUUGCCCUUGAUAUCUUUCGGUCCCGAGGAUCAAUGGUUCGAUGAGGUGGCGGAGAGUCCGCCGAUGGUGAUCACGGCCAGGGUGGGCACCGGCCUAGUAAAGCAGAUCUUGGUGGACACAGAAGCUGGUUCCAAUAUCAUGUUUCGCAAUGUUUUUGACGCCCUGGGCUUACGAGACGCCGACCUCCGAGGUCACCAGCACGGCGUGGUAGGCCUAGGUGAUAACUUCAUCAAGCCAGACGGCGUAAUUUUCCUCCCGGUCUCCAUAGGCGAGGCAUGGGGAAGAGGUCGCUAA